UGGCGUAACUACAUCGAUUGCUGUGAUUUUGUGUCCUUUUAAUGGCCUAAAAUAAUCAGCUAUUUUUAAUUUAAUAUUAAUAAUAUGAUGAUAAAAGAGUACACAUAACACACGACUGAUCUCCUCACUCACACCACCAGUCUAAACGCAAACACCCGGCCCGUUGACGGUGAGCUGUCGGUUUGACAGCUCGGCGCUCCUUCUUCUUCGUGAGUUCUUUUGGCGGUCGGUGAACAACGAAUUGGUGCAUUACCGCCACCAUCUGGUGUGGAUCAGGAUGUAAAGGACUUUAUUAUUAUAUAUAUUAUUAUUUAAAAAGUACAAAGAGUACAAAAUUAUAAUAAUAAUAAUAUAACAAAAUAUAGAAACAUAUAUAUAUAUAAACAGUAUAUAUAUUUAAACAAUAAAAAUAAAAAGGACUAUUAUUAAUUAAUCUAACAUAGUGAAAUAGUACUUGAUAACACUUAUUUCUUCUUGAGGUAUUUUGCUAAAUAUCUGCCACCUCAAAACGUAUAUUGUUAUCUUCGUUUCCUUGCCGAGGUGACCGGUGUCCUCUCGUUCACGUUAGCUCCGCGCUCCGGUUCGUCCCCGUGUUCAAAACAAACGAACUCCGCUCUCAGACUGGUGACGCGAAUUUCCCGCCCUCACUUCUGCCAUCCUGUCUGUAUGAAAGUGAUCAAACUAGUGUUUUCACGGAUAUAUCUCUUUUAAUUUUCUUACGCUUUAUACUCUUGAGCGAUGCCUUCCACAGACGACUGGAUCCACAACCCUCUGGGGGUCGUUGAGGGGAUGUUUGCUGCCUCUCAGAACGUUCCGGACUCCGGCUGGGAGGCGAAGGCCGUGGCGUUCUUCAAGGACCGCCUGGAGGAGAAGGACGCUCACACCCGGGUCCCGUCCCUCAACGACGUGCCGCUCCACUACCUGCCGCCCGGCAGCCUGGUGAGGUUCCGCUGCUUCAUCCAGGACAUGUUCGACCCGGAGUUCUACACGGGCGCCUACGAGGCGGCCGACCCGACCACCGGGGCGAAAGUGCUGCGCUGCGGGAAGUACCGGGACGUGACGGACUGCGCGGUGGAUUUUAACUCCGGGAACACCUUGACGGCGGAGAGACGGACGUUCUACUGCGUGCCGAUCCCCGGAGAGAAUCCGUGGGCGAAGGAGGGCUUCGCCGCCUCCAGCCGGGCCCGGGUGGCGCCCUCCACCUCGUACGCCCCCACGAGGCAGAAGCGCAGCUACGAGGAGGACGACGACGACGACAUGGACACGCAGCCGCAGACGCAGCCGCACACGGGUCCUCAAAGUCCGACAGAAGCUCGCGGCAACGGAGACUGUAAGCGGCGGGAGAAGGCGGCGCCCUGCGGCCCGGCGGCGGCGCCCGCCCACCUCGACCUGAACUUCCCCCUCCCGGGAGAGAAAGGCCCCUCCUGCCUCCUCAAGGUGUACGAGGAGCGGGACGGCUUCACGCUGAACGAGGCCGUGGAGGUGUUCGGCAUCCUCUCCGUGAGCCCGGCUCUCGGCGCCCUGGCCGACGGAGACGCGUCCUCGUCCCUCCUGGACCCGGCGGGCGCCAUGGAGACGGCGGAGGAGCAGCGGGUGCACAGCCCGCCGGCCUCGCUGGUUCCUCGCCUCCACAUGCUGCACGCCACGCCGCUGCCGCACGGCAACCCGCUGCUGCCGGCCGCCGGCCUGGAGGACGGCAGCGCCUGCUCCUCCCCCUCUCCGGGCGAGCUGUCCUCUGCGCGGGCCGAGCUGCUGUCCUUCCUGAGCGGCGUGCUGCUGGGCGACGCCCUGGCGGCCGAGUACCUCAUCCUGCACCUCGUCUCCAACGUGUACACCAGGCGGGACGUCCUCCCGCUGGGGAAGUUCACCCUGAACCUGAGCGGCUGCCCGGCGGCGUUCCCAGAGCGCCUCUACCGGGCGCUCCGGCAGCUCGUCCCCUCGUCGUACUACCUGGCCAUGACCCUCCAGAACAUGAACCAGGUGCGCUUGGUGCCGACGAAGGACUACGGGGCCAACCGGCUCCGGAGCGGAGCGCUGCAGCUGGCCAGGAACACCUCGCUGUUCCUGGACGAGUCCCGGCUGGAGCAGGGGCAGCUGGACCCCACGGGUGUGCGUAACAUCACGGCUCUGGGGACCCUGAUCUCGUGGCAGAAGGUGGAUUAUGACUUCAGUUUCCACACGAUGGAGUUCAGCUGCAACGUCAACGUGAUCAUCGCCUCAGAGGGACGCUCACUGCUGCCGUCGGACUGCCAGGUGCACCUGCAGCCCCAGGUGGCCCCGCCCCUCCUGGAGGCCCCGCCCCUCCUGGAGGAGGAGCCGCCGGCCGCCCAGCUCGACAAGUUCAGGAAGUACCUGGGCGUCGCCCGGCUGCUGGACUACAGCAUCUCCGACGACGUCGCCCAGGCCGUGGAGGAUGACUUCGUGGCCAUGAGGAAGGAGGCCCCCCAGAGCGUCUCCCCUGAGGACCUCCACAGGAUGCUGGUCGUGGCCAGGCUGCUGUCGGUGAGCCGGGGCCACACCUCCCUGUCCCCCGCCGACUGGCUGAGGGCCAAACAGCUGGAGCUGCUGAGGAGGAGCCGCACGCCGCCGCCGCCGCGCCUCAACGAGCCGUGAGCCGCCGGCUCCUGAGCUUUGUAAUAAAGAUGUUUCACUGUC